AUGUUUCGAAGGCACAGGCCUAGUGAUACUAGCGCAGUUAAGUCUAGGAAAAAGUUUCUAAGCGAAAAAGAAAGUACUCAUAAAAUAAAGCACUUGAAAAUUCUGAUAGAUACCCUACCAGAUGAUGAACUUCAACCAUUUUUCGUUGAAAAUUCGUCCCUAAUAUUCCUAGUGUUUAGUGAUUGUUUCUUCAGUUUAGAGUGGGAUGUCAAAUUAAAGGGAAGCAGUAAUUGCAUUAAAGAUUUGGAGGUAGUGCUUACAGUAUUUGAGAAAGUACUGUUAUUGUUGCCGGAACAUAUCCACCAAAGAUGGCAGCAUAACUGUAUCAUUGAAGUAAUUGAAGAUCUCCUGUACGAAAAGAAUGCGCUCAAUAUCCGUAAAAGGGGAAUCAGGCUAUUUUUAAUAUGGUAUCAAAUACUUGGCUUAAAUGCGACAUCUGUCUGCCACAGACUUUUCUACAAUCUGGUCCCUGAAUUUGGCUCACUUAUUGCAGAAUAUCAAAAGCGUGAAAAAUGUGAUCAACUCAAGCACAGUCAUCUUCAGGCUAGAAAAUUCUCGACGGAUACACGUGGGCAAGUGAUGCAAGAGUCAAGAUCCUCGAAUGUUGUUGCCCCGCGCGAACGCGUCGCACUCCUAACUGCCGCUGCUCUAGGAGAGGAUGAAUCGUCUGACGAUAAAUCCCUAGUCCUGCUUCGGGCACUUCUGCGUUUCCUUGUCUCAGAAUCCUUCAAGGUCGAGUGGUCGCAACUUCGGUAUGAGCAGCAUUUAAUGCAGCUAUGGUUUCUGUUCGAAAAGUUAAAACAUUCGUACCUCCCCGUUAUUUUUCCAUGUUUAUCUCCUUUAUACUCAAUAUAUUCGCCCUCGAUUUCAUCCCAAGCGAACAACACAGUCCCAUUAACUUCAAAUAUUUUACAGGAUUACCCAAUCCAUCCAUCACGUCUUUCCUACUAUCAGUUAGAAUUCGCCUGCUGGUUGGCAACUUUUGUAUAUACUGGUCCACGGGAAUCAAGUCAUGCUAUCUCUUCAGACGGUGGCUUCGAUUCAAAUUUUACUACCCAUGGUUCUGUAGUUGGUACUACUGGCCCAUCUUUUAACCUGGCUGGCAGUUUCCCAUGGGAUACACAUGGUGAUCCAAACGACUUUCUUCUUUCUCGACAUUUCCGCUCAUUCAUAGGUUGUCCUGGUCAUGGUGAAUUCGAAUCUGGAUCAUAUUCAAUGGUUAACAGUUACUCCAAACUUUCGAGUUCCCCACCCGUUCAAGCAUCAGUUUAUCUACGAAAUGGCGACGAGAACUUUGUCCAGGAACCAACUAACCAGGCUGUGCCAAACCUCUCUCCUAAACCAAACAGUUAUCUACUCAAAGAUACUGUUGUAAUUCCUUCCACUGUUCAAACAUCUCCACUUCCACAAAAAUUUAUUUUCACUGAACUAUUUUUCAAUUACGAUGAAAAAGUCGUUUCUAUGGUUCAUGAAGUGUUAUAUGGAUGUAGACAAAAUAUUGAUUUGGUACAGGAUAUUUUACAUCAGGCAUUGCUACUUCCUUUAGAAUGUCACAAAGCUCUUUUCUUUAUCGUUACAGUUUAUGGUUCGUGGUUGGAAAACAAACACAAUCGCCCAAUUUUUAUGCAAGCUUUAGAUAGUCCAAUGAAAUGUAUUAAUCCGCCAGUGAAACCACAAGUAAACGCAUCUUCAACAGAACACAGUCAAAUGCUUAAAACGAAUGGCCGUAUGAAUGAUCCUAAACAAAUUCAACAGUCGCAAAUUGAAGAUUGUCCUAUUGAUGUGACUGUAUCUAAGGAUGAUGUUGGCGUCAAUGAUCCAGAAGAAUUGAAAGGUUGUUUACAGAAUACAAUUCAGAUUAUGCUGGAAAAUAUGGCCAAUAUAUUUUAUGCCAGUAGUUUAAAUCCUAACUUAUCGGAAUCACAAAAUACAAACAGAAUCAGUACAAGUGGAACAGAUUAUACGAAAUAUCAAAUUGAUUUAUGCCGUUUAGUGUUACAGAUUUUUCAAUUUGCUAGUAACAGUAAUGAGUUAACUUCAGAGACCUGGUCUAAAUUAUUGUCCAUCCUAAUGGAUAUAAUGCGCAAAACAAUGGUUAAUACUUCGCCAAAUAAUGUUCAGAAUUACAAAUGGUUAUCAAACAAUAAACUUACACAGAAUCUUUUUCAGACUUUAAAUGGUGCUUUACUACGUGCAUCUCUAUUUUCCACAAUAUCUUCAGAUUCAUGGGACCAGUGUUUAAAUGUUUACUCUCAGUUAAGUCACUGGCCAUCACUGAUAAUCGAAUGGAAAAAAGUUAUGCGAAUGUUAACAUGUACAAUGUCUAAAUUGGUAUAUGGUGUAGAUUUGUCAGAUUUACCUCAAGAAAAGAAAGGACCUCGAAUUAAGCGUUUAGCAGGUUCUACUAAUCCAGCUACUAGAACUCGACCGAAAUCAUUGACUGAAGCAGCGUUGAAUUAUCAUAAUGACAAUACUAUUAUUAUUACUACUACUACUACUACUACUACUACUACUAGUAUUACUGCUACUACUACUACUGCUACUACUGCUUAUAAUAGCAGUAGUUUAGCAACCGUUUUGUCAUCACCUCCUGCGCCUUAUGCUAGUGCAUUAUCGGUUUUAAGUAUUCAUCAAAAUUCACUCGACGAUGAUAAUUUGGCGUUAAAUACUAACUCCAUUGAACUACAUUUAUCAUCACAGGAGAAUUCACAAAAACAAUUUUCUACGUAUAAUGAACUGAAAGCAUCAAAAAAUGAUAAUAAUACUAGGCCAUGCAUUGAGAAAUGGACUCUUGACCCUGGAUCCUCUGAAAACUAUGCAUUGGAUAAUAAUAGUAAUGGUAAUGUAGUGCAUAGCUAUAUCCCUUCUAAUGUAUCUUCAAUUAACGGCACUCAUGAUGAGUCGAAUUCACAGGUGUUAAGUAAUGAUUUAACAGAGGUAUAUGGUAAUCAUGCUCUGCAUAAUUCACGGUCUAUUUCUCAUGAAUUAUCAAAUCAAAAUGAAUCAAAGCGAUUUAAUGUAACCGUUAAAAGUGAAAUAUCAAUAUCAGAAAGUAGACGUAUGUCAUCUGUAAGACGUGCAACGAGUGAAAUCACGCUGGAAGUUGUUAAGUUUGAUCUCGAUUCACCUCAGAGUUCAGUGACAACUUAUUUCGAUGAAAGUAUUGAUGUAGGUACUUCAAAUAUUCCUAGAUCAUGUGAUAUACUAAGUGAUGAACAUUCCACGUUAGAACCAAGUCGCAAAGAUACAUUGACUACUGCCUCUUCACGAGUAGUUUCCACUACUAAUGAGACUUCAAAAUUACCUUCAACUGCAUCAAACGAUCAACUCGACGCAGCAGAUCUACCUCGCUGUAUUCUUGCUGGUGGCUCAGCUCUUGGAUGGACUCAUGAAUCAAUUAUCAUUUGUUGGCGUCGAUUUUUAGGUAUUCUAGGCAGUCUUCAUAAAAUUAUUAACCCAACAACAAUGAAUGAUAUAUUCAACUAUUUAAAUGAAAUGACUUCAUGUCUUUUAAAAAUUAGAGCAUAUCAAAGUGUCCCUUCUGUAACUGAGACAUGUGUACAACCAGUCCCACAAUUUGUACCACCUGUGAAUUUUAUUGCACCAAUAUUAUUUAAUACAAUCAGUCUUUCUGAAGAAUUUAUAGAAGCUAAAAGAAUUGCUAUACAAUUAAUUGCUCAUUUUUACCAUCUUAUUCAUCAAAUAAGCGUUGCAAAACAAGAGAACUAUGUCUUCGAAAUUAUCCGGUCAUGUAAUAUGCGUUUGUUUGGAUCUUCACUUCCAUCUACACACUUACUCAUACUAGAUUUCUUAAGCGAUGUCAAUGUUGUUUUAUCAAAUCCCAACUGUGGCACGGAAAUUCCACGUUCUGAAGCGAUAUCCAUUAUAUUAUCCCUACUAUGUUAUCCUUAUCAUUUUAAUCGUCUUGAAUCAAUCGAUCCGAUGUCAAUGAAAGCUAAAACUAUUUUGUGUAUAGAUUUAACGUCAAAAUUGGUUCGCAGUUUAAAACAAGCUGUCUUGUCAGAUCCAUCUGGAGAGGUUCGAUGCCUGGCUAUUACUGGUUUAUCAAUUUAUUGUGUCAUUGAACUAGUGAAUUCAUUUUCAAGGGAGUCAGGAACUGUAUCAUCUGUCAAUUUUACACCAAUGGACGAUUUGUUUUUCGAAUCCAUCAUAAUUUUAUUAGGAAUGAUGCGGUUUCAAAAUAGGGCCGUAUCUAUCGUUGCAGUUGAGAUGAUCAAUACACUCGCUGAAUAUUGUCAUCUUCUGUUAUAUCGCGAUGCGAAAUUACCCUCCCUAGUGUUGUUGUCACUUGCAUGGACUUUAUAUUCUACAUGGGACAAUACAAAUCUUGACAGUAUGUCAUUAACUGAUAAACAGUUCUUUCAUAGUCUUAUUCAAUCAAUUAUCGAAUGGUCUAUCCGUAUACCGUAUGAUCAAUUAAUACAGAAUUUUGAAAAUAAAUCAGAAUUAAAAUUAUUACCGGCAUCGAAUUUAUUAGAUACAAUAAUUGAAGUGUUAUGCUUCAUUAUAUCGAAUAAUACAAAUUCACAAACUUUAAUGAAUUCAGUACAAAAUUCCAAUUAUCCUCAAUCUAAAAUCUUAUCAAGUAUUAACUUUACAGAUCCUUUAGGAGAAUACAUUAAUAUAUAUAAACAGUCAAUUGAUAUUAAUUUAUUCAAUGCUCCAAAAUCUGACCUAGAUCUAUCCACAAUGACAGCAAAGUCUUGGAUUGUAGCUAACGCAGAGAGUAGUAUGAUUCUAUAUCAUUAUAAUGAUUAUAUGAAUAGUGCAAUGGAGUCAGUACGACUAGCAGCACGAAUGGCAAUGAGUCAUUUACUCAAUCAUAUAGACCAGUUUCCAAUGUCGAAACAAUGUGUACAACUGAAUACAUCCAUACAAGAACGUCAUGAUCAGUUAUCCCAUAGUAUAUCAUCUGCUCAAAAACAAUUCACUACUAACAAUCAUAAUAAUAUGGAUGAUUUAUCCGAAUUAACAGCGGAGAUUUUUGAACGAAAUAAUUUACAAAUAUUUGUGUUAGAUCGUUCAAUUAUAUUGACAUUCCUAUCAUUACCCAUUGUGAAACUGCCUGACCAAUUGAGAAAUAUCAAUGAUAGCUUAUUACCUACUACAGUUAGUAGUGAUAAGGACAAUACUGAACUACAAGUACUCGAAUUCAACAAUUCCACCUAUUCUUAUCUACCAUUAUCAUAUUUAAAUUCUAACGAUGUCGAAGUGGAUUCAUCAAAGUCUAGUUUGGUAACAGAUAAAUUCUAUACAAGAAUUAUUACACGUGAUCUAUCUGGUAAAUAUAGUUGGGAUGUUUCUUAUUUAUAUGCUAGUCUAGUUGAUAUGAAAGAAAAACAGGAAACUCAACAAUUGAAUGGACUUACAAAUACUAAUUUACGACUGGUUGAUUCUGAUAAUUCGAAUUCACACUUGAUUACACGCGAUCCACCACCAUGUCCUCCUCCAAGAGUAAAUCCGCCCCCACUGACAACUAACAGGUUAACACCAAAUACAAUUGAUCAACUCGAUCGGCUAAGUGACGUUCUAAGAGAUUUGGCAAUAACUAGUCCAGAAUGUUCAAUUAACUGGUGCACAUCAAAGCUAUGUGAAUAUGAAAAUUCGAAAAAUAUUUCUGACAAGGAAAAAACUGCUUGUUUGAAUAUGGAGAAAGUGACAUGUGAUCAGAUUACUGCUCAAUAUCAAAUAGAUGAAAAUGUGAAUCAUCGAAAGUUACCAGAUAUAGAUGUAUUAUCACUAUAUAACUCUCAUAUAUCUUUACCAAAAACUGGUUAUAGAAAUUCUCUGAAGUAUACAAUACGUUCAUUGAUCAAUGAUAAGAAAGUAAAUGUUCAAGAAUUAGAAUCAAUGAAACAAAAUACUUUACAAUUUCAUAAUUCGCGUCAUUUAUUAAAUCAACUAGGUUAUUUAUCUUGGAAGCAUAGACCUACCGUUGAAUUGUUACAAAUAUCUCCAGCUCUUAUACGUGAAUUAAAACAUUUGGAUAAUCUUGGAUCGCGAGAAACUCAUAAACUUGCUAUAUUCUAUGUUGGAGCAGGACAAGAGGAUAAACAGUCUAUUUUAUCAAAUCAAACGGCUAGUUUAGAAUUUGAAAAUUUUGUAGCUGGUCUUGGCUGGGAGGUUGAUUUACUUAAACAUAAAGGAUUUCGUGGUGGGUUAGAAUGUAGUGGACGUGCUGGUUUAUCCACACCAUAUUAUGCAACAUCUACUUUAGAAGUUAUUUUCCAUGUUUCAACAAGAAUGCCUUCAUCCACUCAAGAAGAUUUAAAAUAUAAACAUUUGGGAAACGAUGAAAUUAUGAUUAUAUGGAAUGAGAAUUCACGUGCUUUUAGACGAAGUAUAUUACGUACACAAUUCGGUGAUGUAUUAAUCAUUAUUUCACCUUUACUUAAUGGAUUGUUUAAAGUUGAAGUACGACGUGAAGCCCAGGUUGGUUUAUUUGGACCAAUUGUGGAAAAUGCUAUUUUAACUGCAAAUGUUCUACCAGGUCUAGUCCGUGCUACAGCUAUUAAUGCUAGUCGUGCUGUUCAAGCUACUAAACCGGGAUAUCGUCAUCCAUAUGAGGAUCGUGCUUCAAGUCUACGGCAAAUAAUAUCCAAGUAUACUUUGUCAACAUGCUUUGAAGAAUACGCUGAAUCGAUACUUAUGCCAAAUUCAAAAAGUGUGCACCGCAAUCAAUCAAAUUUAUCGUUCAAUCGAGGUGUAGUCAAUAAAUCAGGCGGCUUAUUCGCAAAACCGGCUUCUGAUCUUGCUCCUAAUGAUAUAACUAAUAAUAAUAAUGCUCUAAAAUACACUGAUGAUGUUGCACAAACACCUAGUGUCCGACAGAGACAACAAACUGUUUCUUCAUAUCGUGCAACAAGUGCACAUUCAAGAACAUCAUCAGUGACCCGUGCUAAAAGCAUGUUUUCGCGGCAUCAUAUUGAUAAUGUAAACACUAAACCUAUUUCUGUCAUUUCUCAACCUUCAUUGAAAACCAAUUCUGCAACACUUCAUCACCAUAACGAAACUCCCGAUAUGUAUAAAGCAAAUGUGUUUAAUUCAGUACCUAGUCCACGAUUGUUUCGAGGAUUAAGAUCUCGUCAACAUAGUGGCUCUAAUAAAAUAAAUUAA